AUGCUCCACGGCUACACCCAAUCCGGCCCCCUCUUCCACGCCAAAUCCCGCGCCCUCGUCAAACACCUCACGAAGGCCUUCUCCGCCACCCAUGAAGUCGCCGCAAUCUACCCCACGGGUCCCCUGCGUCUCGACCCCGCCGAUAUCCCAGGCUACGAGCCCCCGGCCGCCAACUCCAACGGCAGCAACGAGGAACAUCCCACGCCCGACGCGCCAGAAGCGUACGGGUGGUUUCGGCGCUCGAACACGGCUAACCCGCCGCUGUAUAUGGGACUGGACGAGGGGUUGGCGGCCAUCGCGAAGGUGUUGAAGGAGGAAGGGCCAUUUGACGGGGUGAUUGGGUUUUCGCAGGGGGCGGCGAUGGCAGCGAUGGUGGCGUCGUUGUUAGAGGGCGGAGUACGGAAAGAGGCGUUUGAGAAAGCCAAAGCCAAAGGUCUAGGUCUUGGGGAUGCAGGGGACGCCGGGGACAAGGAAGGCGUGUUUGGGUAUCCGACGACGUUUGAGGAACUGGGACAUCCGCCGCUCAAGUUCGCGGUUUGUUAUAGUGGGUUUCGGUCGCCUGGGGCGCGGUAUCGUGGGUUCUAUGAGGAGCCCGGGGUGCAGACGCCCGUGCUGCAUGUGCUGGGGACGCUGGAUGCCGUGGUAGAGGAGUCGAGGAGUCGGUCGUUGAUUGAGGCGUGUGUGGGGGAUCCCGAGGCGGAGGGGAAGGUGGUUUGGCAUCCGGGGGGACAUUUUUUGCCGAGUCAGAGGCCGUAUUUGGAUGCUGCGGUGAGGUUUAUUAGGGAGUCCGUGGAAGAGAAGAAGGGGAAGGCAGGUGAUAAGGAAGAGGAUGUAAAUGAUAUGGAUUUGCCGUUCUAG